UCGACAUUUGAAUAACGGCAACAACUUAUGCAACUAAAAUUUGUAUAUGUAAAAAAAAAUGUGUACACAAAUGUGAAACACCUGCCGCGUUGUGCUAUCAUCUACGAACAUACGCGCACACACACACCAUUACGCAUGUAUACGUGCGCAAAAUAAAAUAACAACCGUCAACAACGUAACCAUAACAAACCUUCAACUCACUGCAAUCGCCCGCCAACCGGAACUCAACUGCACUUCCAUGCAUCCACCACUUAUCUAUGUACUGCGCCUCAUCUUUAUGCUUCAUUGUCUCUAUGCUGGCUGCAUUACUGUGCCUAUGGAUAUGUUCACGCUUGCCGCCACUCAAUGUUCCUGUUCAACAUUUUUGGUGCACACUAUACACACUCCAAUCGACAUUCUUCGUUCUGCAACCUCAUAUGCGCAUACAGUCCCGCCGGAUAUCCUCGAUUAUCCCACCAGCACGGAUAUGGUUGUACGCGAGGGUAGUAAUGUGACGCUCAAAUGCGCGGCUACCGGCUCACCAGAGCCAACAAUUACAUGGCGGCGCGAAAAUGGAGUAGCCAUUGAAUUGGCCAACGGUACAGAGGUGCUCAGCAUCGAAGGUGUUAAUUUAGUUUUGCCGCGGGUAAAGCGGCAGCAUAUGGGCGCCUAUCUUUGCAUAGCAUCGAAUGGUGUGCCGCCAUCAGUGAGCAAACGAAUAACGCUGAUUGUACACUUCCCGCCAAUGAUUACAGUGCAAAAUCAGCUAAUCGGUGCAGUGGAAAGUAAAGGUGUUUCACUGGAAUGCCAAUCCGAAGCCUUUCCUAAGUCAAUUAAUUACUGGACGAGAGAACGCGGGGAUAUAGUGCCACCAGGUGGCAAAUAUACAUCGAAUGUUACAGAAAUUGGCGAAUAUCGCAGCUCAAUGAAAUUGCACAUAAAUCCCUUGACGCAAGCUGAAUUUGGCGCAUAUCGUUGUGUGGCAAAAAAUUCAUUGGGCGACACUGAUGGCACCAUAAAGUUAUAUCGAAUACCACCGAAUGCUGUGAAUUAUGUGGAGAACAUCGAAGGACGCUACAAAGGUGGCGGCAAGAAACGCAUCAAGAGCUCAGAACUCUAUCAUCAGUCGAAAGCGUCCGAAGGUGGCGAAAGCGAGGAAACAGAAAAUCCCGGCAAACGAAAAGAUAUGAUACUCGGCAAUGAAUUGGAGGAUGGUUACUACGAUUCUGCAGCUGCUGCAAUACAUUGUCAACAAAAUAAAUUGACACAGACAACAGUGACGCUGCUGUUCACAAUAUUGUUACUGUUUAGAAAAGUCGAGUUGCUGAUAGACGUCUGACAGUUGCUGGCUGCUGAGCGGUUGAUGCACUGAUGACAUUGUGGUUGCGGUGUACGAGUAGCUGUUAAGACUAACAGGAUAUACGGUUAGCUGGUAUGAAGUGUAUAUGGAUUUGUAGAAGUAUGUAAAGUUAGUUGUAUAUGUGCGUGAAUUUUUCUUGUUAAGUCAUAUAGUGCAUGUUGAAGUAAAUUGUGACGUACAUACAUACUUGAGUACUCAUUAAGCAAAUAUAUUCGUAAAACAUGAAUGCAACAAGGGAAAUUUAAUGAAUUAAAAACGAAAAAUAACAUAUAUUAAAACAGAAAAUCAGCUAAAUCAAAGUUAUAAAACAUAUUAUAAACCAAUUAGAUAAAUUAUAAUUUUUGGUGAACAUAAAAUGUAUAUGAGUAAGUAGGUUAAGGAUAAUACGGCAAUAUAGCUAUACAUAUAAUAUAAUAUAUAAAACAGUAAAAUGCAUGCUCUUCCUCUGGAAAUUUGACAGUUUUCACAAACUCGUCCGCAACAUUAGUAAGGGCAAUCUCGGGCUAGUGCGAAACAAAAAUUAUUUUCGCAAAGUAUUUAGCUCUCAACAGACCGAGAGCCAACAAAAAGCUUCUAAUGGGCACUUUCGGGCUGCCUUGGGCAAAAAACAGACCUAAUAAUUCAAAUUUCGCUAAACUAUGUAUGUGCCAAAUGUAGUAAAACUGUGUUUGUACUUUUUCUCUUUGACGUCAGGAUUUUUUUAAGCAGACUUUGAAAUUUCAAAAUUAUGUUAACUCAAAAACUCGUUUAAAAAAUUUAGUGCAAUGUAAAAAAAAUGGAAAAAAAAUUCUAUAGAAUUGGAAGAGAUCAACCUUUUUGGGGGCCCAAAGACGAAUAAAUAAUAAUAAUAGAUUGGCGCUUACACAUAUGUUAGUGUUUGGCCAAGCUUCUCCUCCUUGAAAUUUUUCUCAAUUUUAUGCUUGAAAAAAUAUACGUUUAGAGCUUGUACUAACACAACGAGACUCUAGAAUUCCAUCCUCUGACUUUAUUAGUUUCGGAUAAAAAAAAUUAAUUGAAAGAUAUUUUCAAUUGCUUUUUCCUUUUAUUUGAUGCUGAUAUUGUUCAUCAAACUUUUUUAAAUAAUAUUUUUAAGGAAUCAUUUCAGAAGGAAAUACCAAGAAAGUGCAGUCUUACUAUAUUUGACCCAUAGUUUUGACUGCUUGCGAUUUAAAGCUUGUCCGAUUAUUCUUUGGAGGCACUGUGUGUAUUUUAUAAAUGUAUAUUUAUUUGAUUUGUAGUUCUGUAUAAUAUACAACUAUUUUUUGUAGCCUCUUUUUGAAGUGCGUUUACGAUAUUAAUCCUGAUACAAGAAAGAAGGUAGUUCCAUUGAAUGAUCGACAUUCGUUGUUAUUGUUAACCAUUUGACGUUUAAUAAAAUUAUGACAUUUCAUCAGAUUCAUGCUACCCGAUCACUAGAAGUGAUAUUUUUUUUUAAAGCAAAAGAUUUCAUCAGUCCACUCAAAGAUGCGGAUUAUGAUGUACCUGAAAAUUAAUACAUAAUUUCCAAAAUGGGGUUAAUGAAACUAGGUUUUAGAACGCAUGAAGAAAGUGGGCGGUCUGCACAAGCCAAGCUCAAAUUUUUUGCAUACAUACAUUAAAUUCAAAAUUUGUGGAAGUUAGUGCUGAUACGCUAACCACUAAGAAUUUUUCUUUUGAAAAAUUUGAUAAGAAAUUGAAAAGUAAAUUUGGGCCAAAAUAUUUU